GCGCACUGUCUCCGCGCUCUUCAGUCGGAGUCUCAAUAGCAGCCGCGCGGCAGGGGAGUGGGACGCUCUGCCAAAACUUAGGAUACCCUCGCCACGAGCUGCGCCCGCCAGACUUGAGAGCGCCCGAGGAGCCUAGCGCACACCCCAAGAGGACAACUUUGCUAAACUUAUCUCUCUCUCUCUCUCUCUCUCUCUCUCUCUCUCUCUCUCUCUCUCUCUCUCUCUCCUCUCUCUCUCUCGAAUCCAAUUAAAACCAAGCAGCGGUUUCAGACUGUUUUCAUUGAAUGUGAUGUCGAGAAGUUAAAUAUUUACGCUGCUGGAGGAGAAAAACAACAACAACAACAACAACAACAGAAGGAAGUUUAAACUGUGCAAUCUCCUUUUGGACAGAAAAGAGCUAAAAGGAUGAGACCGGCGUUGGGCUGCCUUGGCGUGCUGCUACUGCUGCUCUUGGUGCUGGGGGCAGAGGGGCAGAAGUUGCCCACACGUGAUGAAGGCCUGUUCCAGAUGCAGAUCCGGGACAAGGCCCUGUUCCAUGACACCUCCAUCAUCCCCGAUGGAGCUGAGAUUAGCGGCUACCUGUUCCUAGACACCCCUAAGAAGUACUACUUUGUGGUGGAGGAAGACAACACACCGCUGUCUGUGACGGUGACGCCGUGCGACACGCCGCUCGAGUGGAGGCUGACACUCCAGGAGCUGCCGGAGGAGGCUAGCGGCGAGGCCUCAGGUGAACCAGAGCCCCUGGAACAGCAGAAGCAGCAGGUCACGACCAGCGAAGGCACCGAGCUUUUUUUCUACAAGGGCAACGACGUGGAGUCCUUCAUCUCCGCCAGCUCGCCUUCCGGUCUCUACCAGCUGGAGGUCUUCUCCACCGAGAAGGACAGCAGCUUCAAGGUGUACGCCAGUACCACGCCCGAAUCUGACCAGCCCUACCCAGAGCUGCCGUACGACCCGCGGGUGGACGUGACCGCGCUGGGCCGUACCACUGUGACGCUGGCCUGGAAGCCCACCCCUACGGGCUCUCUGAUGGGCCAGCCCGUGCAGUACUGCGUGGUCGUCAACAAGGAGCACAACUUCAAGAGCCUGUGCGCCGUCGAGGCCAAGAUGGGCCCCGACGACGGCUUCAUGGCCGCGCCCAAACCGGGCCGGGACUUUAGCCCGUUCGACUUUGCCCACUUCGGCUUCGGGCCAGCCGGGAACGAGCUCGGCAAGGACCGCUCCUCGUCCUUGUCCACCAAGCGCGCGCCAGUCGGCAAGGCCGCCCGCUCCUACGCCACCAAGCUCGGCAGGUCCUCCGACAUACAGAAGCUCUGCAUCGGCAACAAGAACAUCUUCACCGUGUCGGACCUGAAGCCGGACACGCAGUACUACUUCGACGUCUUCGCCGUGCACGCGGCCACCAACGCCAGCACGGCGUACGUGGGCACAUUCGCCCGCACCAAGGAGGAGGCGGCGCAGAAGACCCUGGAGCUGAAGGACGGGAAGGUAGCCGACGUGUUCGUGCGCCGGCGUGGCAGCCGCCUGCUUCGCUUCACCCCCGUGGCCUCGCACCAGCGCGUGACCCUGCACGUGCACGUGUGCCUGGACGCCGUGCAGCUGCAGGUGAGGCGCGACGGCAAGCUGCUGCUCUCGCAGACGGUGGAGGGCGUGCGGCAGUUCCAGCUGCGCGGCCGGCCCAAGGCCAAGUACCAGAUCCGGCUGCGUGGCUCGCGGCGUGGGGCCUCGUCGCUGCGCGUGCUGGCGAGCACGCGCGCUGCCGGCAAGCAGCCCUUCCCCUCGCUGCCUGAGGAUACGCGGGUCAAGGCGUUCGACCGGCUGCGCACGUGCGACUCGGUCACGGUCGCCUGGCUCGGCACGCAGGAGCGCAACAAGUACUGCGUGUACCGGCGCGAGGUGCCGCCCGGCUACGGCGAGGAGCAGCAGAGGCGUGAACGGAACCAGUGUGCGGGGCCCGAGACGCGCCGCAAGGCAGACAAGGUGCUCUGCAAGUACUUCCACAGCGCAAACCUGCAGAGGGCCGUCACCACGGAGACUGUCGCCGGCCUGGAGCCGGGCAAGAGCUACCUGCUGGACGUUUACGUGGUCGGACACAGUGGCCACUCUGUCAAGUACCAGAGCAAGCUGGUGAAAACGAGGAAGAACUGCUAAAAUGCGUCAAUAAAGAAAUAAAAAUGAGAAAAUGUAAAAAAACACAAAAAACAAAACAGACUCUGCACAGAAGUAAAUAUAUUAUAUAUAUAAUGAGAGAAAAAAAGAAGUUUAUUUAACUGGAAGUGAUAUUCUACUAAGUUGUGUGUUUUUUGCAGACUGACUACUUGGUGCACACCACCAGCUCUGUGCAGCAGAUACUGAACUGCUUCUAAAGAGAGAUAGCGUCCUGUGUAUUUCUCCUAAUGAGUUGGGUUAAGGAGAUCCGUCAACGGGUUCCAUUAAUUAUGGAGUCGCGAGCGCCGCCCCCUGCUGGCCGGCGCCGUCAACUCCAUCCCUUGUCCUCGUUGCUAUGGAACCGGAACCCCCACCCCCCCGCCCCCGUCCAGCUUUUCUCUGGCUUCAGCCACAUCACGCGAACUGUGUUGACUCGCCUGUCCCCACUGCCCUCUGUGUUGUCCAUUGGUCGGCUGGUCCAGCAACUCCCCCCCCCCCCCCCCCCG